AUGACGACCAGCGAUGAGAUGGGCAUGGGCGGCAACUUCUGCCACGACCACAUCCAGCACCCGCUCAUGUGGUGCGACGAGAAGAAGCGUCUUGUGGAGCGGAAGAAUGCGGAAGAGAGUCUUCGCAUGUGGCGGCGCAGGAAGGCGGAGGAGUGUGCUCGCAAGGAGAAGGAUAAACAGGAGUACUACGACCUGUUUCACCAACAUUGUCCUUGGGGUCGACCAGGCGGAGGUGCUCCCAACGUGGAAGUGCGCCGCAAGGAUAUCACAGCAGUUGGUCUACACUCCACGCCCACUGUGACCACUGCCCACCGGCUGAACCUACUUCAACCGUGCCGCUACAACGACUUCUUCUCGAUGCAAAAAAAGUGCCACAACAACCCGCUGGCCCCCUACCAUCACCACCACCACCAUGCCCCGCCUCCGCCGCCCCCCGGUGGGCGUCUGGGCCACGCCCACUCCGUUCACCACCUGCAGGAAAGCGGACCCAGGAGCAGUACCGUAACCAUUUGCGAGCGGGAGAUUCCCCACAAGCCCGGAGCUGGCGUGGGUGUGAAUGUGGCCAAGAACGCCAACGGCCAUGUGGACAUAGAGUUGCGAUACAAGCCCUCGCCUCCGUGCAAGGGCAAGCCGCUGCUGGAGAAGAUCGUGGUCAGCGAGAGCGAGCAGCGGUGUCCUCUGCAGGAGAAGCUGGCCUCGCAGAAGAAGCGCCUGCAGGCCAAGCUGGAAAAGCCGCCCUGCAAGGAGCCCUGGGGCAAGGCGGGUCCUGGCGGCAAGCCCUGGCGGAGUCCCAAGGAAGUGGGCAACACUUUCAUGAAGUCAUUGGGCUGGACGAACAAAGAGAUGCUAAAGGAGCUUGACCAGGACAACCCAGUUACCCCGGCGGAGAAGAACACCUUCCGAAAAUCGCGACAGGGAAAGCCAACAAAGCCGCAGCGUUGUUGUGAGAUGUGCACCUGCAACUGCCCCGCCAUGCAAAAGAGUCCUCCGAAGCCCUCACCACUUUCGCUGCCCAUUCCGCCGGGAAAGAAGUGUCCGCCAGGACCGCCAUGUCCGCCGGCUCCGCCAGGUCUGCCACCCGGGAAGACCGUGCACCAGCUGAGGCCGCAGGACUGCGGGGGAAAGCCCAUCAAGCUGUGCCCCCGAAUGGCCGCCCGAGGUCCGUGUCCCGGGAGCACCAGCACCGCCACUCCCGAGGCCAGCACCGCCGGAGGCAACGGAGCAGCCUACGGCGAGGGCGGCGGCGUGGAACUGGUUCCCCUAUUGGCCAGGAGACGUGGCAUGAACCGGCCCAUCUCGCUCUCCAGCACGGAUGUGACCAAGAGGACGCCGUCCCACGAUAGGUACGCAUCCAAGCACAAGCAUCCACCAAAGAACUGUCAGCUGACCACCAGCAAGAUCAAGUGCAUCAACAGCAUCAUCAAGAACAUCAGCCACAUGAAGCGGCUGCCCAAGAAUCUGAACUGCAAGCUGCAGUGUUGCAGUUGCGAUUGCCCCACGGCCUUGGCCACGGGCUGCUGCCUCAAGCGGCUCACCCUGCACAUUCGCCAGGCUUAAUCAACCAU